AUGGCUUCUGAAUCAACAUGGAGACAAACUUUACUCAAUCGGUUGGUUGACAGAGAUAAUAUGGAGGCAAAAGAUUCUGCCAUCUUUAAAUCCUUAAGUUUUAUAUGUGAGCAAAAGAGAAGCCAGGACAUCUUGAUAGCAACGUUAUCCAAAGAUGAGCCAAGCAAGCAAGUUGUAGAAUUGUUAGCAGCAAAUGAUCAUCUAAAGAAAAAAAUUGCAUAUGAGAAUCGUACAUUUGAUGAACAGAAAGAAGAAAUCUCGUCUUUGAAAGAUGAAGUCGGCUCACUAAAGAAAUCACUUAGACUUUUAAAAGAUGGCUACAUAGACUUGAAAGGAAGAUAUGAAAGAAUUCAGGAGGAGUCACGCGUUAAGAAUCAGAAUAUAGAGGGGAUAAAUGAUGGCAUUUUAUCUCUACAAAUAGAAAAUAAUCUUCUUCGCAAGACAGUUGACAAGUUAAAGAAGGAAAAUAAAGCAUUGGUUGAUCGCUGGAUGGAUAAAGCAUCAAAGGAUGCAGAUGUCCUCAAUGCUGCAAACGAGGUGUUAAAGGAAUCGAAGAAAUCAAACGAAAAACUCAUUGCUGAAUCGUUAGAUUCUGAUCAGCGAAAGGCCACAGCUCAAAAGUUAUUCACAAAGUUAUCAUCGACAAAGGAGCUAGAUGAGGAUCAGAAAGAAGCAUAUUCGGCUGCAUUUUCGGAAAUCAUUAACCUUUCUCCAGAGUUAAAAGGGCAUUUUUUUGAUGAUGUGACAAAAUACGUUCACUAUUUGCUUGCAACCGGUAAUGGUAGCCAUAAGGCUACAAUAAUCAAGUUGUGUAAACUUUUCAGAGAGGAAGGAUUGUUUGAGAAUAUCCUUGAUAUAACAAUUGACAAGCUCAUUGAUUACGCUGAACAGAACAUGCGAUCCUUUAAUAACAAGAUAUGGACUUUUAUUAUCGAUGGGAAAGACCAUUUAGAACCGAGAUUGGGACAUGUGUCUUCUUCCAAUGAAGAUUAUGUGAAGGGCUCAGACCAUAAGGAUUGUGAAAAGUUUUUAGAUUUCAUAGGAUGGAUAUUUAUGAACGAUAAACAGAUCAUGGAAUCAUAUUCAAACAGCAGGACGGAGAAGAUAGCUAUACUCUAUGCAAGCAGUUCUGAUCUUAGUAUAUCUCAUUUAUCCUUGGAUAUUCUUAAGUCGAGGAUAGCAUACAUCUGUUCGCAUAAUAACAUAUUGAACUCCGUAUUUGCUUCAAUUGGAACACUUUUGGACACGAACCAAAAUGACUUUGGCUCGGUUGCCUACACUCUUUGGUUUUGCAUACUGGACAAUAUCGGAAUUAAAAGUUUGCAGAGAUCGACAAGUUUCCAAGAGAGAACUUCAAAGGUGAGUUAUUGGCAGUACAUUCGCAAUGGACUUUCCAGUAUCAGUCGUGAACAAAGAAAGUUCUCGCUUGUUAUUCUUGAAAAAUCCCUUGAAAGCCUUUCGAAUGACGUGGAAACUCCAAUCUUUACCUGGAAAAUAUCUGAGAAGGAUGAAAACUUGAAACGUUGGUACAGAUUCUUCACGCUUUACGAGAUUAUGGGUAUAGAUAUCUCGAUGAAUCAGGCAGAAGCCGCUAAGAACGAUUUGAUAAAAAUUGUUUCGCCAGGUUCCGGCAUCCCUGUUUCAUUUGCACUCACGAUUUUGGCAGUUGGGUUUAGGGCACCAACUGUGAGAAUCAAGUCUUUUGCCUUGGAGUUGGCUUUAUCGCUUCCUGAAUCCAGCAUGGGUAUAUUUAAUCUCGAUCACUAUUUUCUCACUUCAACGUUUCUUCCUUUUGCGUUGAUGGCGGCUCAUUUCACUGUGCAAAAAUCGUUCGAUGGUAAAUAUUCAUGUCCUUACGGUGAACGCUUUUCUGAUUUCAUCGGUAAAUGUAUCACAUCUCUUCAAACUGAAGAUAAACAGGUUUCUUUUAUAAACGCCUUACUUGAAGUUCUUGGUGAGUAUAAGAUGGCCUAUGGACCAGUCAGAAUAUAUCUGCUAUCUGGCAUUCUCAAAGGCCUUAAGUCCAUUAGAAGAAAUUGCUUAACAGCAGAAUCAUUAGAUCUUAUUUUGUCGUCGUUUGAAGAUGGUUCUGGAUCUGUGUUAUGGACUAAAGUGCUUCAAACUUUGCAAUUGCGUCUUCUCACUUACAUAAAUUGCACACAAGCAGAUGACACUGCCAUAUUUUCGGCCAUUGGACAUCAUGCUCACUUCAAUGGAUUUGAUAUAUAUGCUGAAAAUGAAGAGUUAUUCAUUGAUUUGUUCAGUAAGCAGUUUAAGCUUGCCGAAACUUUGCAGCACUACCAGCAAGUGUGCAAUACCGGGUUUGAGCUGGAUGCACUAGUGGUAAUGACUUCAUAUCUAUUAAAGAGGGAUGUGGAUGUUUCUGUAGUUGCUAAAAGUGCACUUUCAUACUCACAGUUUGAUCGCUUUCUUUUCGAAUGUGCAAGGUCACAGCUUGAAUUCAACUCUUUGUUUCUCCAAAAGGAUAUAUCUAAAAGGCUUGGUAGUGUUAUAGGAAGAAUGUUCCAGUUUUCUGCAACAGUUGAAAGUGAUAUAUAUGCAGAGAGCAAGUUUGUCUUACAAAACAAGGAUUUAUUCAGUUAUCAAUUUUGGGAGCAGAUCGACCUUGUGGGAAUGUUUGAAAAGCUUCAGAGUGAACUGAUUGAAGUCCGAGAUUCAUCUUCUGCUGGAAAAGCCGUUAAUAAGUUUAAAUUCUUCAGCCACUGUGUGAAAGAAUGCGUCUACAACGAGAAUUUCAAUCUAGAGAUAGCACCAUUUCUAAAAUUGGGCUCUCAGGCUUUGGAGAAAAUUCCGAAAUUGGCGAAGGACAGAUUUGUUUACCAUAUCAAGGAUGAGUUUCUUGGUCUCCUCAUGAGUACAAUUGGUGGUAUGCUUUGCGUUUGUGAGUUGAACGAGUGUAAGAAGAGUGCAAUCCUUGAAUUUUCAUCCAGUAUCAUUGACAAGUCCGAGUCAAUGUCUCAUAAUGGAAAUAUCGAGAUGCUCACCUCACUACUUGAUAAUUAUGGUAAGAUUUCCAGGGAAGAUGUCCGAUUAAUUGUAGAUAAUCUUAAGAAUAUAUGGUGUGAUCUCACCAGGGACAGACUUAUCAUGUCUGAGAGAGAUAUGCAUCACAAGUUCAUCAAUCUUUUGACAAGUUCAAAGCUUUUGAACCUUGCUGGAGAAGAUGACAAGCUGUCAGGUACAAUUUGUGAUAUCUGUGAGGGUUUAUUGGAGAAUUCAAAGACAAGAAAGUCGUUGCUCACUAUUCUAUUUGAUAAUAUUUCCAGACUUCAACUAGAGAGUAGUGACACAUUCGAGCGGCUCCCAUGGAUUUCUAAACUUUUAGUUAAAGGUGCAUUUUUACACCAAAGUACUGAGGGUGUUUUCCUUGUCGAUUACGUUCUGUCUGAUUUAUAUGAUGCGGAAUAUAAUAUGUCUGGAGUUGGCUUGUAUGAGUCGAUAUACGGAAAGCCAGAGGUUGAUUAUCGGAUAAAGUUGAAGGCGGUGAUUGCAUCCAUACAGGGAUAUAGGCUUGGUGAAAGUAUCUGGACGUACAUUUUGCAAAAUAAUGCACUCUUUCAUCUUUUCAAACCGGUGAAGAGAACAGAUCGAGUUGAGCAAUGGAAGAGAAUACAAUUGCUUCAAUGCAUGCUACAGACUUUGGACAUAGUGCGUAAAGAAGUGUUGGAAAAGAAUGUGCUAGAAAUAAUCGCACCUCUUCUAUUUACGGAGCCAUCCCCACUUUGCCGGACAUAUAUUGAGUGGAUUAUUGCAUUAACGGUGCAUCGGUUCCCGGAGUUGCUCAAGAAAGUAGAGAAACUCUUUUCGGAUGGCUUGAAGCAUCAAAAACCAAUGAUCAUCAAACUAUACGAGCGUCUUCUUGCGUUGGUUAUUCUGCAAAUGAAGCCAGAUGAAGAAGCAAAGUAUCUUGAGGGAUUUUUACUAUACACCGUUCUUCCAUUUUCUACCUCUAACAGAGCUGUAACGAGACAUUUUUCAACUUCGAUGGCUUGUGUCCUGUAUGAGGAAAUUCAGCGGAAGCAUUUGAAGAUCUCGGCAGACAUAUUCAAGACGGUUGGAGGAAUCCACAAAUCAUAUAUGGGUGUAGUUGAUGCCGGCAAGUUCAAGUCUGGGGAUGCCAUAUUGUGGAAUAUCACAGAGGACUUGAAUUUAUGCGGAAUAAACGGUGGGGUGUUGCUCAAAGUGAGUGAUAGAGACGUGGAUGCAAUUUUUGAGAAGCAGUGGAAACGUUAUUUGUCUCCGGAGCAGCAAAAAAAGCUUCGAAUUCCGAUUGGCGAGGAUCAGAAAGGUCUCUGGGUGAAGCAUCCAAGAGGAUCCGAGGUGAAACUUGAAACAUUCACCGGUGUUGAAGAGGAAGAUGCGUCAAACAUGCUUCAGGUGAAAAGUGGAACAUGGUCUACAGUGUUGGAUGCAGACUCCCAGACGAGAUCUAUGACCAAUGUCAAACGUACUCCAUUAAUUGUGAUGGCUUCUUUAGUGGACAAACCCCCAAACUUGGGUGGAAUAUGCCGGCUUUGCGAUUGUCUAGGUGCUGGAUGGAUGACGAUGAAUGAUCUAAAGGUGAAAGAUGAUAAGCGCUUUCUAAGUGUGGCAGUUACUGCCGACAGAUGGAUGCCUAUGCUGGAAGUGAAGCAAGAUGAUAUUGUGACGUUUUUACGCAUGAAGAAGCUUGAAGGGUACUCUCUUAUCGGAUUGGAGCAGACCGACAAUUCAGUCGAGUUAAACAGUAAGCUUGAAUUCCCUGAAAAGUCGCUAAUUGUGCUUGGAAGGGAAAGAGAGGGAAUUCCAGCCAAAAUUCUAUCGGUGCUGGAUUUUUGCGUUGUCAUCAAGCAGGUUGGAAUUGUUCGUUCUAUGAACAUCCAGACUGCUACUGCAGUUAUUGUGCAUGCCUACUCUAUCCAGCAUUGUUGA